CUUAUUUUCACGGCGGAUGUACACAGCGACUCAAGGAUAAACACAUGUGUAAAGAUUGGGCUACCACAGAAGGUUCGACAGUGUACUGAAAAUCGUCUAUUGCUUAGACUCACAAACACGGAAUGCAUUCCCUUACGAGAUACGCGAGAUUUCUUCCUCGGCGUUUUGUGUCGUGUCGCUGUCUGUCUGCCUUACCCGACCAGUAUGUGGCCAUUAAUGAGCCUAUGCAUGAUUACACUCCGGGCAGCAAAGAGAAGAAGGAAUUAGAAGCAGCAAUUUCAAAAUAUGAGAAUUCUGUGGAGGAUAUUCCUAUAGUUAUUGGGGAUGAGGAAAUAAGAACGAACGAUGUUCGCCACCAGGUUGCUCCUUUUGACCAUCAGAAGAGAAUAGCAAAGUUUACAUAUGCCUCUGCUGACAUAGUACAGAAAGGUAUUGACACAAGUUUACGAGUACGACGAGACUGGGAGAGACGCCCCCUGUACGAACGAGCAGAGAUCUUCCUCAAAGCAGCAGACCUGAUGAGUGGAAAGUACAGAAUGGAUCUCCUAGCCACCACGAUGAUGGGACAGGCGAAGAAUGUUAUACAGGCUGAAAUAGAUGCAGCAGCUGAGUUGAUUGACUUCCUCAGAUUCAACGCACAGUUUGCCCAGGAUAUCACCAAGUAUCAGCCACUCAGUCCAGCAGAAAACAUCACCAAAAAUUCCACUAUCUAUAGAGGAAUGGAGGGUUUCUGGGCGGCCAUCACUCCCUUCAACUUCACUGCCAUCGGAGGUCAUUUGUCGAUGGCUCCAGCCAUUAUGGGAAACGUAUGUCUGUGGAAACCGUCGGACACCGCCAUGCUCUCCAACUACACUGUGUUCAAGAUAUUCCGAGAGGCUGGUGUACCAGCAGGUGUCAUCAACUUCAUUCCUGCGGAUGGUCCUGUGUUUGGAGAUACAAUCACAAACUCUCAUGAUCUGGCUGGUAUCAACUUCACUGGCAGUGUCAAAACCUUUCAUCACUUGUGGAAGCAGGUGGGCCAGAACCUCGAAAAGUACAGAACUUACCCAAGACUUAUUGGAGAGUGUGGAGGAAAGAACUUCCACUUUGUUCACCCUUCAGCGGACAUUGACAGUGUGGUGAAUGGGACCAUUCGUUCAGCGUUUGAGUAUGGUGGUCAGAAAUGCUCGGCCUGUUCUCGUGUCUACGCCCCUGAAUCCCUUUGGCCCAAGAUCAAAGAGGGCAUGGUCAACAUCCACAAACAGAUUAAAGUUGGCUCCCCUUUUGAGAGCAACACUUUUCUGUCAGCUGUUAUUGAUGACAAGUCUUUCAGUCGUAUCAAGGGAUAUCUUGAUCAUGCAAAGACGUCUGAUAAACUCUCAAUUGUUGCCGGAGGAUCUUGUGAUGACAGUAAAGGGUACUUUGUGGAUCCAACCAUUAUAGAAACAAAAGAUCCAUCUGACAAAAUCAUGCAGGAGGAAAUAUUUGGUCCUGUUGUGGCAGUGUACGUAUACCCAGACAACCAAUACAAGGAAGUCACAGAGCUUGUCACAAAGACUUCACCAUUUGCUCUGACAGGUGCCAUUUACGCAAAGGAUGAGAAGGUAAAGAGUGAGCUGGUUGACAUGCUGAAGGACUCUGCCGGUAACUUCUACAUCAACGACAAGUCAACUGGUUCAGUAGUAGGACAGCAGCCCUUCGGAGGAGCCAGGCUCUCAGGUACAAACGACAAAGCUGGUGGUCCUCACUACUUACUGAAGUUUGUGUCGGUCCAGUCCGUCAAGGAAACAAUGGUGCCAUCCAAGGAGUGGCGGUACCCGUCGAUGGCGCAUUAAGGAUGUAUUUGUCCCCUCUGUAGUGAUUAAGGCUUGGUCUGGGACUGCUGAAUGUCGACAUAUCAUGUAUGAGGUGUUAUAUAGACAUAUCGCGUAUGAGGUGUUAUUUACAGUUCUUCCACCCAGAGUUACGUGUCAUUUAACUAUGUAUUUCCCGUGAAAUUCAUGUCAUCUGACAAGAACAUUUAUAAGAGAGAUACUUCAAAGUAUCAGGGCAUCCACACAAAUAUCUUAUUCAUUUUUAACUAUUAAGGGUAUUAAAUACAUUAUAGAGAGAUAUAUAUUCUAUGCAUAUGGAUAUGUUACAUUAUAUAAUGUACUGUUUCCAAUUAAUGAUGUUGUCAUCAGAUACAACACUCUAUAGAACGGUUAUGGUUGAUGUAUGGUGAGUUGUUUCAAUAGAUAUAACAUUAAUGAUUUCAUGAUUAGAACAUUUUAAUUCACAAAGGGAGAUAAUCCAUGCAAAAUUCUCUCAACUACUUUAACUAAAGAUAGUGGAUUACAAAAUUUAUUUAUUGAUGAGUGGGAUAGUUUUCAAUAGUUUUAAUGAUUGGUUCUCUAAAGCAAUGAUAAAAGAUUCAAUUUAGGCCUGUGAAGUGGACAUAAACAGGGUUAAACCAGUGUCCAGCUCAACUGAUAGAGCCUCCGUCCAGACAUCGGAAGGUUGAGAGAAAAGUCUGUCUGGGCGCUGCAUUUUCCUCUCUUACUACACCUGUACAACAUGUUCAGAUUGAGUCUGACUUAGUGUAGAUAUUUGAUUCUCCUACCAGUGAUAAGGUGGAAAAGACUAACCACUUUCUAUAAAAAUCCAGCCAUCAAAAAACCAGAUAUUUAAUCUUCCUGGGGAUGAAGGUGACUUGAUCAUAUAAAUCAGAUAUAUAGUUUAAAGUGACUUUGGAGAUGUCCAGUUUUCCGUGUGUAGAUAGUUAACGUUUCAAAUGUGCUGCUGAUAUCAUUCCAGUGCUUCUGUAAGUAGACAUUUUACCCAUCAUAAAACUGUAUCAUGCUGUAUGUAUGUUUGUGGUUAUUUUGUGUAAGUCUAUAAGUGCUGUUUUUAUUUAAGUUUUAUGGGAGAGUUUUCACGUUGUAUAGGUCCUCGAGGUGUGUAAAGUGUUUCACUCAGCUAGCACAGAAUGGUAUUAGUUACUUUGUAUGUGUUUUUAUUAGAAAAUCUUAAAGAUGUAUGCUAUGUAUACCUGAACUAACUAAGACAGGAAUCUUUCAGAAAAGUUUCACAUGUGGUAUUUCUUCAACCUUUUUUUUUUUACAGGAAUGUUUAUUUUGAUUUAAUAUUUCUGGUUGUUCAAAAUUAUUUGUAAAGUUAAUUUCAAUGCUGCAGACAUCAUUUGAAGUUGUAAUUGCAUGUGCGCCUCUCAGCAUAUAAGAUAAUUAUUAUGGUACAGAAGUAGGUAAGUUAAUGUAGAGGUGGCUGUCAGAUUCCAUUCUACCUACAUAACAUGAAAUUGUGACCGACUAAGAAUUUGAAUGUCAUCUUAAGGAUUGUAAGGGAGCUAACUCACACAGGACACAAACUACAGAAUUAACUGACAAUCAGUCCUUCCACAUGUAGGAGUGCAUUUUGUAUUCAUUUAAGAUACUCAGAAUCUCAAUAGUCAAAUUUAUAUAUGGUCGUUUGUUAUUACACAAUACACUCAUAUAUUCCUUCUGUUAUGCAGAUCGAGACUUCUGUACACCAAUAUGUCAUAUAUUGUAAGUCUCUGUCAAGUGUUGGAACUUUAAGUACAAAAUUUAUUGUGUAAUAGCUUUGCUGUAUAUCCAUAACACUUUUGUAUUACUUCUACUUAACAAUUUUCCGAAACUGGGAUAAGUUAGGUGGGAAAAUAACAGAUAUAAUACAUUGUGAAAUAUAUGUACAUAAUUUAUGCUUUAAUACGGACAUCUGCUUAUCAGUUAACAGGAUAAAACUAUUACAGCUACAUCGUUAAUUAGCUUAAUUUGUUAGGCUUUAAUCCUACAACAAAACGUGUAUAUCAUGCUUAUUUGACCAAAUGGUAGUCUUAAACGUGGUUUUGUACAUAACUGAAGUUAAGACCAAGAUUUAAAUGUUUGUAUUAUUAUGGCAUUUGUCUUUCGCUGUUGAUUUUAAGAAAGCAUAAUAGCGAAACUUGAAGUAUAUUUACAAUAUCAGAUAACUUGUAAUUAAAGAAUCUCUCACUUCUGAUCAAAUUUUAUUUGUGAAGUUUUUCUGUGGUAUUUUAGUAUCACAAAUAAGUUGUAUAUACUACAUGUACAUGUGACUUUUGUUUUUGUUAUACAAAGGCUUGUUAAAGUCAGCUUUCUGAGUGCUGUUGGUUCCUAUAGAUAUUUAUCCAAUUGAUAUGGAUAAAAUUGAGAUUAUUGUGAUUAAAAUGAUAUGCAUGCAUUUUUCUUUAAGUUGCAAGAAAGUAUCAAAAUUUGAUGUUUGCUUUACAUAUUUUUUCAUUCAUGAAAUCAUGUUAUUCCAGAUUGAUGCAAUUUACACCUCAUUAUUUUACUAACAUAUAUUAUGUUUGAAGUUGAUGCGUGUAAUGCAUAUCAUAAUAAAGAUUAAAAAUACUGCUUA